AUUGACUCAUUGCCAUUCAAUGUGAUUUCUUUCUUCAAGCUUGAACUUAUUUCCACCAAUUCAGCUACUGUCGCUAUCUCUAUGCUGUGGGAUAUUAUAAUGCAGAUGCGGGGAGGUUACUUCUUAGGAUCAGUGAAGGAUGCUGCAGAUCACUGACAUGUCUGUCUGUGUUGGACCAGUUGAAAAACUGAUGAAGAAAAGAAUCAAUAAAGAUAAUGAAAGGCUAGACAUUCAGAGAAGAGUGAUUGAAUAUAAUGUAAUAUUUAAAGCUUAAUAUUAAGAUUGCCUUUUAGGAACAUUGAUGUAGCUCCCAUUAAGUGUUGACACUAUGAUGGUGCCAUGCAAGUCAAGAUGAAACAAAGGAGGUGAUAUGCUGUUAUGUACCAUUGUGAUAGAAGAAUUGCAUUCCUUCAGCAAAGAAACAAACAAAAAUCCCACUGCUUUUAUUCAUUCUUUAAUUUAGUCAUCCAUUCUAUGAUCUGUGAUAACAAGGAACACAUGUAUUUAAGUUUUUCAUAAUUCUCUAGACUUUUAUAUUUGCUACAAGAAAUAACCAGAUAACCACAUUUUCCUACCGAGUAAGCAUAUGCCUUAGAAAAGCUAUUAUAAUUUUAUCUGAAAUUAAGUACAUGCUUUAAAAAACCUAUAAGCAGGCCAAGCGCGGUGGCUCAUGCCUAUAAUCCCAGCACUAACUUUAGGAGGCCGAGAGAGGCGGAUCACUUGAGGCCAGGAGUUGGAGACCAGCCUGGCCAACAUGGUGAAACCUCGUCUCUACUAAAAAAUACAAAAAUUAGCUGGGCAUGAUGGCAGAUGCCUGUAAUCCCAGCUACUCAGGAGGCUGAGGCAGGAGAAUCACUCAGGAAUUUGAGAACAACCUGGUCAACACCUGGAAGGUGGAGGCUGCAGUGAGCCGAGAUCACGCCACUGCACCUCAGCCUGGCAACAGAGCGAGACUCCGUUUCAAGAAAAAAAAAAAAAAAAAGAUCUAUAAGCAGAAAUCAUAAUAUUUCUUAGAGAUAAUUUUUAACCAUUUUUAAGUCUUCACAGUUCAAUAUAUUAAUACAAGGUACCACUUCUCUUCUGCAGUUCUUCAGGCCACAUUUGUCACAUUCUUCUCACUCUUUGAUACAUGGAUAACUGAGACUAUUAGUCUAUCAAUAUUAUGGAACUGACUUUACAGAAAUACGGAAGUUAUGAAAAAUUUGAACAAGCCACUGGUGGUAGCUUGCUCUCUAAAACUCGAAUCUGGAGUCAUGUUAGGAAGUACAUGAUGAAGGAAGGCUGCCUAGGGGAGAUUGUAGUUCAUCUCACUGAGGACCUGCUUUCCCGAGCGUCAAUGACUGUAGUAAAUGGAUGUCCGACUCUGACCAUCAAUGUGUCUACUGCACGUGAGCAUUGGCUGGAGGGAAUGCUGAGGCAUGAAAUAGGUACACAUUAUUUUCGAGGUAUUAACAACCUCCAGCAGCCAUGGAACAGUUGGACUGGACGUAAAAAACAUGAGCUAAAGCCAAAUAAUCCCACAGAGGAAGGACUAGCAAGCAUUCACAGUGUUCUGUUUAGAAAAGACCCUUUUUUAUGGAGAGCUGCCCUCCUCUACUACACUGUUUAUCAAGCCAGCCAAAUGUCUUUUUGUGAACUCUUCAAAGAUAUUGGCAGGUUUGUCAAGGACCCCAAUACAAGAUGGGAUUAUUGUGUACGGGCCAAGAGGGGAUGGACUGAUACUUCCCAACCAGGGUGUUUUAGUAAAGACCAGGUAUACUUGGAUGGAAUUCUUCAAAUCCUCCGAUACAGAGAUACCAUAGACUUCCAUCUGCUGACUGCUCUCGGGAAGGUUUCUUAUGAAGAUGUGGAUCGCUUAAAAGGAUUGGCAGUUACCGAAAACAUGAGGGUCCCUCAUUUCCUGCAGGACCAUGGCCGAUAUAUGGAACACUUAGAGAAGAUCAUGGAAGUGAAUGAACUGACUGACAGGGAACUGAAAGAUCUUAUAUAGUAAUUAGCGUUCUGGCAAACAUAGCUAAGCUAUGCCUCCAUGUAUAUUACCAGUUAGGUGCAGUUAGCACCAGAAGAUUUAUAAAAGAAGAGUGACUACUUGUGUUUUCUGAAGAAGGGUCUUCAGUAUUCAGUGGAAUUUUUAGGUUAAGUACAAAUCUUAAACUAUUUCCCUAAAAUGUUUCUCUAGGCUGCAGGGGGAAGUUCUUCCUAUUUUCUGAAUCUCGACAGAGUCAGCUGAAAAUACUACUGCUGAGCAUUUUUGAAGACUCUCGGUCAAAUUGCAUGAUAAAUUUCUGCCUGAGCAGUAAGCACCGGCCUAGUGCUUCUGCCUAAAUAUGGAGGUCAGCUCCAACUGGAGACUGGCUGAAUUCCAUUGCUGUUCAGGCUCCAAAGUUAUAUUUUAUUUGAUAAAUAAUGGUAAUUAUUCUCCUUUGAAAAAUUAGUUUUGUGUUGCUCCAAAAAGCUAGCUAUAUCUAAGCUUUCUUAUUUCUUUUAUAUGUUAAGGAAUUUUAAAGGGAGAGGAAAAGCAAUCUGAAAAUUUUUCAUUAAGUGUUUUAACAUUAUUGUUUCACCUUAUCAGCUUAUAGGAACUAAAUUAGAGAAUCACCUCUUUUUGUCCAGUUAUCUCUUAACUACGUUUUCAUUUGCUGAAACAUGUUGUACCCUUUUAAAUUUUUUACAGAGUUUUAACGUCUUUUCCACUGAAUCCUUUAUAAAAAUAAGUACAAAUUCCAGAGAGGUUUUUCUACACAGACAAAAAUAAUUGGUGAAGGGCUACUCACCUUUUUUAUGAAACAGAAUAUGUAACAAGCAGAGGACAAAUAGACUGACCUGGUUAAAUGUAGGUUCUGGAUGUCGAUGGGUAGCACCUGCAGUAAACUGGAACAUGCUCUGGAAAAAGAAAUUUCUGGGUAUUGAUGGUUUAUAAAGCCAGCUUUGUGCUAUUGGUUCAGUAUAUUUUAUCAAAUCUUUGACUUCACCAACCCAGUAAUGACAUAGUUUAAAUUUUAAAAUGAGAGUUCUGUUUUGCUGUAUUUCUCCUGCUAGCCUAGCUUUGUAUUUUAUCAGCCUCAGUAUAUACUUGGAUAUAUAUACCUGGAUUCAAAUGGUUCUUCAUACAACUUAAUGAUCAGAAAGAAUGCUGCUGUAAACACCCCACUCAAGAUUGCUGCUGGAAUUUCUACCCAAAGCUGUCUGAGAGUUUAUCUUUACCUCAGUGCAGGCUAAAAUAAUGGUGCUAAUACUGGUAGAUAUAUACUGUGAAGCCUGGUUCACAUUCAUGCUAGAAAAUGAUUUUGGGAAACCUUUUGCAGGAGAGGUUACAUGAUUUUUCUCUUUCACAUAUCUAGAAGGACUUGCCUCAAAGAGGAAUGUUGCAGCAAACAGGAUAUACUCUAGCUGGUGCCCAAAGGUUCUUGCAAAACCAUGAAUCUUGCUUUUAGCAGUAGAGGGCCAGACACAUUGGAGCAUUGAAAGGCCUUAGCCACUGCUCCCCAACUACGUGCCAUGCUGGGUAGUGUGUGUCCUGUACAUCUGUGUGCCAGGCUGGCGCAGAUUGUGCCAAUGUUCACCAAACACUAGAAUCUGCUCUUACACCUCUAGCAUGUAUCUCCUUGUAGCAGAGUCAUGCACUUUCUCAGCAUUGUUUAGUGUUUUCUAAUUGCAUCUAAAAACUUAUCAAAAGUGAUUGUGAAAACAGUGUCUUAAAGUAUAAACAGAAAUGGCAAUAUUUAUGUCCUGUGAUUCAAGCCCAAAGGUUAUAAAUUCAACUUUCACAGGGAAUAGCACUGCUAAUCUUACUUUAUGGUUUAAAUAUAAAGGAAAAUCACAGCAGCCUUAAUUUCCUAUUGGUAGAAUCAUUUGCAGCGGUUCUAGUUCCUGACUUUUAAAACGGAUGAAUAUUUUCUCUUUGAUUUGGAAAAGGAACUGCUUUUUUGCCUUACUGCUUUGGUAUAAAGAUGAAAAACAUGAGCACUCUGCAGACAAAAUGACCUUAAAUCACAUUGAUUAAGAUAUUUUAAAAGUUAGCAGUGAACCAAAAGUAGUUUCAGAUUAGCAGAAAUAAAGAGCUUUAAGCUUUAAAAGUUGAGAUUGAAUAUUUAAUGAAAGUUUAUUAAUUCUUUUUCCAGAAAUAGCAGUAAGGUCAGUUUUUUUCCCUAAAAUAAAAAGUUUUAAUAAACAGAAAAUUAUAGCAACAGUACUUAGGAGAAUAGUUGAAGAUUGUAUUAAUUUUAAUUAUAAUAGUUAUUUGUCAUAGGCUAUUGAUGAUUAGAAUUUCAUUAGUUUUGUCCACUAUAAUUUUAAAAAUAGUUGUAUCAAAUACAAAUUCUGAUAAACUGUUAGGUUUUAACACCAGACAGGAUUCAAAGGAAAUUAAUGUUUGCAAACAUAAAUCCAUAGUCUUCAUUUCUUUAUAUUUUCACCUUUGUAAAAGUGUUUAAAAUUUGUAUUGUUUGUUUUGUAUAUCUUUGGGCAUUUUGUGUCUAGCUAUAAUAAAAAGAAACAGUGCCAAGGUUCUCA